GGCUGUGCCCCAGCCCAGCAGCUCAGACGCGGUCGCACCCUCGUGGACGGUACAGGCGGCAGCGAACUAGAGCCCGCGUCGCAGUUCGCAGCCACGUAGAGGCCGGGCGAGCCCGGGCACCGGGACCCAGCCCAGGCUCGGCGAGCAGCUCUGCGCGCGGCUGGGGUCAUGGUAUACUGAAAAAGCACUCGAGAAAUCUGGGGGGAGCUGGAAACUAUCAAGUUAUUGAGGCCACACAGGGGGCAGAAGAGACAGAGCACGCGGGCCUCUCACUGUUGUGGCCUCUCCCGUUGCGGAGCACAGGCUCAGCGGCCAUGGCUCACGGGCCCAGCCGCUCCGCGGCAUGUGGGAUCUUCCCGGACCAGGGCACGAACCCGUGUCCCCUGCAUCGGCAGGCAGACUCUCAACCACUGCACCACCAGGGAAGCCUGUAGAGAUGUUGCUAUGAGGACAGAUUCAUCAAAAAUGACGGAUGUGGAGCCUAUGGUCAACAAUUUUGCAUCAUCAGCAAGGGCAGGCCGCCGGAAUGCUCUACCAGACAUCCAGGGUUCAGCUGCCACGGGUGGAACCUCGGAGUUGCCCCUCAAACCGGAAGUCCUCUCCGUGAAGGAAGAUGUGAAAAAGAAAGAUAAAGAAACAGCACAAGACCAAUUGGAAAAGCCCAAAGAUGAAGGAAAAUGAAGGCUCAUUACCUAUCAAAAGUGCUGAAUUUCUGCACCUUGAAAGACUUAGUGGCUCUGCUUUCCUGAGACGUUUGAUCUGGUAGUAACUAUGGUAACAUUGCUGCCCUAAGCAACGUGUGUGUACUAGAUAAUUUUGUUGUGACACUGCUCACUUGGAUUGCAACCGUGAUGUCCAGUGUAGGUUAUUAAAAGGCAGAUUACUACCGAAUUGCACCCAAGAGAGAGGUUAAGAAUGCAUGGUCACUUAAAUACACAUCAUUGUCAAUAAACCCAACAAACUCCAACGUUCUCUUUUGGAUUUCUUUAGCCAGAUAUAUUUUUAAUUCCAUUUUUAUGGUGAUGGGUAAACCACUUCUUGGUAAAUAGGAGCCAAACACUAUUAAUUUAAAACUUCAUGGGGUUUGUAGGAAAUUGUGGUUUUGGUGAGAAAGAAUGAUAGAAUAGUAAAAAAUGCAUCAGUAAAAGUAUGUUUGUUUUUAUCCAGAAAUGCACCCUUUUUUUCUCAAACCUUACAAAGAUUUGGAAAAGUAGUAAAAUUUGACAACUCAGACAUCUCUAGGAAGUUUUUGUUUGAUGUAUUUUGCUUCUAGUCUCUGCAUACUGAUUUUUCAUGUGGACUCUUAAAAUGGAAAAUUUGUGAUGAGUAGUUUAUAUGGAAUAUGCCUGUUAAAUGAAUCUCGCGAUCUUCCUUAACUUCAGUGUGUGUGUGUGCGCAUAUAUUU